AUAGAUCUAAAGAGAAAAUAUAUGGAGAAUGCAAAUUAAAUAAUAUUAAGCAACUCACACGAUCUUAUGAAUAUAAUAUUUUUCAUGAUCGUAUGGUUGAUAUAAAUGUUUGUAUUAUUGGUGGAGGUUUAUCUUCUGUUUAUACAGCAAUUCUUUUAAAACAAUCCCGUCUUAUAAAAGAUAUACAUUUAGUUGAUUUAAGUGGAAAAUUAGCUGGUACUGUCGUGGAUGCAAGCCAUAUUGAUACUUCUAUUUGCAUAAAAUAUUUUACAAAAAGACUGAUCAGAGAAGCCUUAGUAAAAACAAAUAUUGUUGCACUUAUGGAUGAAUCUGAUUUAAAUAUCCUUAAAGAUCCAUAUGUUCAACUUAAUACAUGCUCAAAAUACAUUCAUCAAACAGUAGAGGAUAUAAUUACAAUUUCUCCUAUGGCUCUUGUAGCAAUUUUUACAAAUCCAGUAACAGCAACAUUAUCAAUGGUAUCAGAGAUUUAUAAACAUGCAGGCAAAUGGGAUCCAAAUAGAUUGAUUGGUUCUGCCUCUACAGAGAUAAUGCGAAUUGAAACAAUAACAGGAAAUAUCUUAGAUUUGAAUCCUGCAUCUAUAUCAAUCCCAAUAGCUGGAGGGGCUGAUCUAAAUACUAUUGUACCGCUUUUAUCAUGCGCAAAACCUAUCAAUGGAUUUAUAACCGCGCAUUAUAACACAUUGGUAGAAUUAUUUCAAGCGACCGAACAAGAGAAAAUACAUUCUAAUGUCAAAAAGUUUGCCCUCUUGGAUGGAUGCGCUGCAGUAAAAUUAAUUUUAGCUCUUGCUGGUGGCCUUAGUGGUCUUGAUAAUAUGUAUGCAUGUGGUUUUGUACGGUCAAAUGUAAUGCCCUUAUGUCGUUUCUUUACGUCUCAAUUACAAUUUGGAUUGAGAGGAAUUAAAGAAAAUUUAGGUCUACCGAAAGUUUCACCUUUGGAAAUUAAUAUGAUCGAAAAAGCAAUUCCAAUUAUUAAUGAAUACGUCGAAAUGGGAGUAAAAGCUGCUAAUUGUAAAGAAAUAAAAUCAUAAUACAUUAAAUUUAUUAUUUCUACUUA